AUGGUUAAGAACGAUAUUUCAUAUUUAUAUUCCGAUGAUUAUUUAACUUCAUCAUUAUCAAAUGAAAAUAGUUCAUCUUCAAUGGUAAUUGAAGAAUGUAAAUAUGAACCAAUUGAAAAACAAUCGUAUCAAAAAACAAAUUUAUCUAGUCAUCGAUCGAAACAUAUAUUAAUAUUAAGUUCAGAAAAUUUCAAACGUGAGAAACGACGUGAUAAAAAUCGAAUGACAAUACGACGAUUAAAUGAAAAUCAAAACUUAUUACAAGAGAUGCUUUAUAAAAAAGAUCAAGAAUUAAACGAUAAAGGAUCACGUUUAGAAGCUCAAUUUUUUCAACUUCAAUCAUAUAAAAAUAACUUAGAAAAUAUCGUAAAGAACAAUUUAUAUGUAAAUUCAAUUAAUAAAGUAUUACUAAAAAAUUCCGAUGAUUAUGGUCUUUCAAAUAUGUCAAUAACAGAAGUUUUUAAUUUAAAUAAUGGUACUAAUAGUUAA